AUGCAGUCGGUGAGGAAUAAGUACACUGCUCAGUCCCAUCAGGCUUCCGCCACACCUUCAUAUCGUCCUGAUCUGCCUGCUCUACUAGUAUCGUCUGACUAUGCAGGAAACAACAACAUCGAUAACACCUCAAUGCCAAUGACUGAUGUGUCUAAUUAUCUGCCCACGCCCACCACCAGCAAUGAGGACAUGAGGUGCCCAUCGACAAGUUCAGGAACGGAAGCGUUCAGAUACGCUUCUCCAAUAGAGGACAUGUAUGGAUGGGAUGCGGAGCUCGAAAGGCGUGAAGCUUCACCAAGCCGGGACUCGAUGAGCUCCACCGAAGGUCUCGAUGCCUUUGCUCUCAGCUACAGGCGAGCCAACGGUAGCAAGCAUAGCUUGCUGCAGCGAGUCUUCCGCGUUGGCUCUUCUUCAUCUAUGGGCAAGAUGGAGACAGCUGUCUGA